GUCACGGAGUGAGAGGAGGAAGGCGAAGGCGAUAGUGGCGGUGGAGGUGUCUGCGGGUGUGCUAGAGGAAUUGGUGGCCGAGCUAGUGGUGUAAGUGAUCGCCCCAGAGUCGAUUGUGUUUGAGCGGGAGUGCUAACGGGAGUUUGCAAAACUUCGUGAUCAUAGGCAGCUGACGAGGCUGACGGUCUCUCAGCGUAGUCGAUAUCCUCCUCAUGUUCCCGCGCCCUUCCCUUGCCUUUCGACCUCUCGCUCGCCUUACCCUUCUCUCUCUGCGUAGUGGACCUCUGUGCCUCCGCCUGAUCCGCGAGCACAUCCAGUGCAGAUCUCACCCUCGUAGAUCCCAUAGUACUCCCGCCUCCAUCACUUUCAUCGGUAUUUCUCAUGGGCAUCAAUGAAGACCGUGAAGAGCUGAACGCGGAUGGACCACUGGUCGAUCCUACUCCCGCCACUCGUCUUCGUUUGGUAGGCGAGGGGCUGUCCAGAGGAGGCCCUGGCGCAUGGCGCGUCCGUGUAGAUCUUCGAAGUGUAGGCGUGGAUUCAUCAGCUGUAGGCGACGAAGGUGGUGGUGGAGAGUCGGGAGCUUCCUCGGCUAGGGAAAUGGAGUGCGCGGCUGUGAGGAGGGAGUCGAGAGGCGUGCGGGUGGCGCGAGC